CAAGAAAGUUCAUACAAGGGAGAGAGCCUAUUCAUGUGUUCAUCAUAACUAAAAGACAGAAAUAAUUGAGAUUUGGUUUUAUAUAACAUUAUAGAGGAUAAAUAUAUAGAGCUCAUGACAGAUAUUUUUCAGAUUCAAACAGAUGUAAUUCAGGAUGGCAACUAAGAGAGGAAGAAAGUUAUAUCAGUGUUCAGAUUGUCUGAAAGACUUUCAACGACAUCCAGAUCUAGUUAAACAUAUGGAAAUUCAUGCAUUGGAGAAAAAAUAUAAGUGUUAUGUGUAUCUACAAGAUUUUGUAAAGGAUUCACAUCUAGUAAAACAUUCAGGUGUUAAUAAAGGAGAGAAACAAUAUUGCUCAGAGGAUGCUAGUAAAUGCUCAAGUCAGUCAAAUAUGCUGAUACAUAGCACACUUCAUAAACCACUGAAAAAACAACAACAGAGUUCACAGUGUCGGAAAAAUAGUUCUAAUAAGAGAAGUCACGAUCAGCAUAUGAGAGUUCAUAAUUUGAAAAAAUUACAUCAGUGCUCAAAGGAGGAGGAGCCAGAAUGUUCAGAUAAGUCCAGUUUUACUACAGACAUGAAAGUUCACACAAAAGAGACAUCAAAUCAGAGUUCAAAGUGUCUAAAAGACUUUUCUAAUAAGGAAAGCCUAGCUAAAAAUAUUACUCAGUGCUCAGAGGAGACAGAAUGUUCAGAUAAAUCAAAUUUGGCCACAAACAUGAAAGUUUGUAAAACAGAGACAUCAAAUCAGGGUUUAGAGAGUCUUAAAGGCUUUUCUGCUAAGGAGAGUCCAGGUAAAAACAUUACAGUUAAUACAGUAGACAAACCAUUUAAGUGUUCACAGUGUCCAAAGACUUAUUUAGCACAUGGAUAUCUAUUACAACAUACAAGAGUUCAUACAGGAGAGAAACCAUUUAAAUGCUUAUUUUGUCCAAAGAAAUUUUCACUUCAUCAAACUCGACAACGACAUACAAGAAUUCAUGAAAAGAACGGAUCACAUUCAGGAAAAUCAAAUUUGAUUCCACAUGACCUAGCCCAAACAGAAAAGAACACGUACAAGUGUUCGGAGUGUCCAAAAAGCUUCAGACGAUAUUCAAAUCUAGAAAAACAUAACAGAUUUCACACAGGAGAGAAACCACAUCAAUGUUCAGUGUGUCUAAAAAACUUUACUUUAAAUCCACACCUGUUUUGUGGUUUUGCUGUGUUAAAACAUUUAAGAACUCAUAUACGUAAGAAGCAAACUCCCAGCUCAGAAAGUACACAAGACUCUUCAAAUAAUGCAAAUUUGACUACAGGUGUUCAAGUUUAUACAAAAGAGAACACAGAUCAGAGUUCAACAUCUAAAAUCAAUUCUCAUAACAAAGAAGGCAGUGGUCAGCAAACUGAAGUUGAAAUAAGAGAUAAAUCAUACCAGUAUUCAGAGAUCAUACAAGACUUAUCACAACGGACAGAGCCAGUAAAGCAUAUGACACAUCUGUCUCCAGUUGUGCUGGUGAAAAGAUUAUGUAUUAAACAGUAGGGAGUUACAUAUUAAACAGUGCAGAGUUACAUAUUAAACAGCAGAGACUUACCUACUAAACAGUGCUGAGCUGUGUAUUAAAGUGUGUGCUGUAAAUGUUGACAUUAAACAACGCAUUCAAACAUUACUUGACUUGGAAAAGAGGGAAGAGUUAAGAUUGUUGCUUGGUCAUGCUUACAGAGGAUGAAUUCUCCACUUCCCUAUUGAGUAUGUGUGUGUGUGUGUGUGUGUGUGUGUGUGUGUGUGUGUGUGUGUG